AUGGCGACCUUGCGCAAAGCCUGCCGCAAUUGCACCGCCUCCAAGAGAAAAUGUGUGGUCCAGUUGCCUAAAUGCACUCGCUGUGCCCAGCGCGGGUUGGAGUGCCUGUAUGAUCUCGAGCCCUUGAGCGUGUCUUUCACUCAAUCUGGCAAGCAACAUAAACUCUCGUGGAGCCCAUCGGCCAUGGACACGCCCGCAUAUUGUGUGAUUGGACGCGUUAGUGAGCUUUCCCACAUUGAUCCGGCGAUCUGCCCUGUUGGGAGUCCGAAUGCUUUGAAAUUUGUGCGCCUGGGGUAUCAGCCAGUUCUGGACCUUCUCAAGUCAGGAAACCCUGCAAUAUUCAUACAUCCAAAGCUGCAGAUGCACCACAGCUGCAAUCGUUUUGAUGUCCUUGGAGACCUUGAAAACAGUGUGACUCGUGAGAGCUUCAAGUGCCUAAUUGAGCUUGAUGUCAGUGUAGUGCCCAUAAUGGAGGCCCUUACUGCUCUUCAAUCUCUUCUUAUUCACGUUGCAACGUUUGUCUUAAACAAACAAGUCACGGGAAAGGAUUUCCUUGACCUUAUUUUGGCGUGGACAGAGUCAUUGCUAGCAUCUGCCCAGACUAAAAUACCCCCCAACCAGUCACCAUGGCAGGCAUGGCUAUUCGGGGAGAGCGUUCGGCGAACAAUAAUCAUGUCCUACGCACUCGUCAUGUCCAUAUCAAGUUUUGAAUAUGGAUACUGCUCCCAUUGGCUUUUCCUGGAAUCUCUUCCAUUCGAUAAACGCGUCGGUCUGUGGAUGGCAGGGUCACCACAGGCUUGGAUUGCGGUAGCAGGAACUAGAACCGGCCAGGAAGUUGGAGAACAGCUGAUCUCGUUUCACGAAUUUGGAGAAACUCUCGAUGGGUCGGAUGACGACUUCCACGGCGAUAGUUUCCUCGCUUUGGUUGCACUCGGUCAUAACGGGGCGCAACAGAGUGUACCAGGCACCCAGUGGGAACUAAACCAAGAUGGGCUGCUCACUCGAACUGGACUACUAUAA